AUGUUGCCCCUCCGGACACUAAUCCUCCUGCUGCUCAGCCUCUCUCUGGGGAUGACAGCCACCCUGGGUCUCUACAAGAGCUCUUCCAGCGAGGACACCCCAGCUCCCCAGGCUGCUGUCCUGGACCCGACUCCGGUGGACCCCCUGGAGGUGGAGGGGGUGAUGGAGGACGACUCCCCCGUAGCAGAGCCCAUAGUGGGCCAGGAGACAGACGGUCUGGAGGAGUCUGCUGGGGGGAACUCACCGGUCGACCCUCAAACAGUACCAAGCGAGCCUGAAGCAAACAGCCCGGCCACUGACAGCCUAUUGGUCGAGGAGCCCGAUUCUGACAGUCCAUUGGUUGAGGAUCUAAUUGAAGACAUCCCUGCAUCUGAUGCUGCUGAUUCCUCUUUGGCUGAUCAGCCCGUUGCUGACAGCCCAUUGGUUGAAGACAGUCCUGCAGGGCAUGCCGCUGCAGACAUCCCUGCCCCGGAGCUCCUGGCUGAGGAGGCGCUGGGCCACGAGACCCCAGGCCAGGAGGCCCCCACCCAGGGGAGCCCUGCUGAAGACACCCCAGCGGAGGAGCCUGCUGCUGGGGAAGGCCUGGCCGUGGAGGCCCCUGUGGCUGACACCCAGGAUGACCCGAUAGAGGGCCUCCCAGAGGUCCUGGAGGCCCUGGAGCAUUUGGAGGCCCUGGAGCAGCUGGAGCAUCUGAAGGAGCUGGCCCCGUCCAUGCACCUGCCCGUGGUGGAGGAGUCUUCCUGGGGCCUGAGCUCCAUCAGAAACAGCUUCCAGGCCGUCAACGGCUACUUUGACUCCCUGGUGGAGAUGGUGGGGGGGCGCGACGGUGUGUGCCAGUACCGCUGCCGACACGGUAAAGAGCCUGUUCCCCGGCCAGGCUACCAGAUCCCUGAGCCCAACGGCUGCAGCAACUCCAUACUGGGCUUCCAGCUGGACCUGGGCAUCCCUGCCAUGACGCGCUGCUGUGACCAGCUGGACUCCUGCUACGACUCCUGCGGCUCCAGCAAGGCCCACUGCGACUCCAAGUUCCGCUGGUGCGUCCACGCCAUCUGCACCGACCUGAAGAGGAGCCUGGGCUUUGUGUCCCAGGUCCAAGCAUGUGAGUCGAUGGCAGAUGCCCUGCACAACACGGUUGGGUCCCUGGGCUGCAGGUCGUACAUGAGCAGCCAGAGGGAGGCCUGCUACUGCGAGGACGAGGAGAGAGAUGAGCUUUAGAACACCUGCUGGGACUACUGCAGUGUGAGGGUGUGUGAGGGUGUGUGUGUGUGUGUGAGGGUGUGUGUGUGUGUGAGGGUGUGUGUGAAGGUGUGUGUGCUAGGGUGUGUGUGUGAGGGUGUGUGAGGGUGUGUGUGCAUGAGGAUGGCUCUCUCACUGGACUACAUACCCUACAAGACCGUGAUUAUGACAUGUUCUUGUAGAGAACGUUAUCAACAAUGUUUAAAAUCAUUCUCUCGGAAACUGUGACAGUGUGGUGUCGUACACAGCAUAUUUUAUUCUGAUUUUCCAGUUGUCUCUCGUGGUGUGUUCUGUCUCUGCCUUAGAGGCCAGUAGGGGGCAGGGCUGCAGCUCCACUGAACCUGGCAGUCACCAUUCACAUAUGCUGUUUAAUACUUGGGGUGAACU